UUUCUCCUGAACUCCUGCCGGCACUGUUCUUCGGCAGUCCUUCCCAAUGACAGGAUCCGCAACAUUGGGAUCUCGGCCCACAUCGACUCGGGGAAGACAACGUUAACGGAGCGAAUCCUCUUCUAUACGGGCAGGAUAGCACAAAUGCACGAGGUGAAAGGUAAGGAUGGAGUUGGAGCUGUCAUGGAUUCAAUGGAGCUAGAGCGACAGCGUGGAAUCACAAUUCAGUCCGCAGCAACAUACACCAUGUGGAAAGACACCAACAUCAACAUCAUAGACACGCCGGGACAUGUGGACUUCACAAUUGAAGUGGAGAGAUCUUUGAGAGUUCUUGAUGGAGCCAUUCUGGUCCUCUGUGCUGUUGGAGGAGUUCAGUGCCAGACAAUAACUGUGAACAGGCAAAUGAAACGUUACGGUGUGCCAUUUUUAACGUUCAUCAAUAAACUGGACAGGCUGGGCUCUAGUCCAGCCAGAGCAGUACAACAGUUGAGAUCCAAGUUAAAACACAAUGCAGCUUUUGUUCAGAUUCCAAUUGGGCUGGAGGGGAACUUUAAAGGAGUUAUAGAUCUUAUUGAAGAAAAAGCUAUAUAUUUCGAUGGUGCACUUGGCCAGACUCUGCGCUAUGAUGAAAUUCCAGCUGAGUUUAGAGCUGAGGCUGCAGAGAGACGUCGGGAGUUGAUCGAAUGUGUUGCUAACUCGGACGAUCAGCUUGGGGAGCUGUUUUUGGAAGAAAAGAUUCCUACAGCUGCUGAGUUAAAGCUUGCAAUCAGAAGAGCGACACUGAAGAAGUCCUUUACCCCAGUACUUGUGGGAAGUGCUUUAAAGAACAAAGGAGUACAGCCAUUGCUGGAUGCUGUCCUGGAAUACCUCCCCAAUCCUUCCGAGGUUGAGAACUAUGCUAUUCUAAACCAGGGGGAUUCUGAGGACAAAGCCAAGUUCCUGUUGAACUCCACUCGAGACGAUUCCCAACCUUUUAUAGGCCUCGCUUUCAAACUGGAGGCUGGACGUUUUGGGCAAUUAACCUAUGUUCGAGUUUAUCAGGGGAUGCUGAAGAAAUCUGAUUAUAUCUAUAACACCAGGACCGGGAAGAGAGUGCGCGUACAAAGGCUUGUCCGUAUGCAUUCAGACAACAUGGAGGAUGUAAAUGAAGUUUAUGCAGGGGACAUAUGUGCAUUGUUUGGAAUUGAUUGUGCGAGUGGGGAUACGUUCACGGAUAAAACCAGUACUGACAUUUCCAUGGAAUCGAUUCACAUCCCUGAUCCUGUCAUUUCAGUAGCUAUGAAGCCUUCCAACAAGAAUGACUUUGAUAAAUUUUCAAAAGGCCUGAACCGCUUUACAAGGGAAGAUCCCACUUUUAGAAUCCAUUUUGAUGAUGAGAGCAAAGAGACCAUUGUUUCUGGAAUGGGGGAGCUGCACUUAGAAAUCUACGCCCAGCGAAUGGAAAGGGAAUACGGUUGUCCUUGCACCAUGGGAAAGCCCAAAGUUGCCUUUAGGGAGAACAUCUCCGCGCCUGUGCCGUAA